CGACAGCCCGCCAUAUCCAUAUCCAUAUCCUUUACAUCACACAUCCCACCCACCCACCACCAUCACCGGAGAUUCUCACUUCGAGAUCGACAAACCCACCAAAAUGUCCGAAACCUCCUUCGCCAAAGCCUUCCUCUCCGCGCUCGACUCCCGCCCCAUCAAGCUCCGAGCAGACUAUGUCCUCGACGACGAGCAAGUCGGGGCUCGUGUCCCUUACCUCCUCCCCCGCCUCCCCGCCCCCCACCCAAGCAUGACCAAAAAAGCCCCCCGCCCCCUCGCCCCGGGCUCCUCGAAAUCGAUAACCGUAACGCUCAAAUCCGCACGAAACCCCGUUUUGGAAUUCUCGCUCCCGAACGCCCCGCUCGCGACAACCAGCAUGCAGGACCUGAAAGACGCCGUCAGGGAGCGGAUCGCCGACGCCCAGGACGGCGCGAAGGAGGUGGCGGUCGACAAGAUCAAGAUUCUGUAUAAGCGGAAGCCGGUGGUUGGGGGGAAGACGGUCGCGGAGGUGUUGGGCGAUGAGCCAGGUUUGCUGGUGGGGGGGAAGGAGGUGGAGUUUGGGGUGAUGGUUAUGGGGGGCGCGGUUGCGAAGGUGAAUCAGGAGGGAGGAGAGGCUGCUGCGGGGGGCUCUGGGUCUGGGCCAUCGUCGUCGCCGACACCGAAGCCGGCGGUUGGGCCGAGUGGGGAGGAGGUGUUGCGGACGGAGGCGUUCUGGGAUGAUUUGCAGGGGUUUUUGGAGCAGAGAGUUAAGGAUUAUGACGAGGCGAGGAGGUUGAGGGGGGUGUUUAAGAGUGCGUGGGGGGGGAGUACGGUUUAGGAGCUAGCUAUCUCAGGUCUGAAGUCUAAGGUCUAAGUUCUAAGGCUGGGUGGGGGAUUUGUGGUGGAGGGG